GUUUGUCGUCUGCGCUUGCUGGUUGACUUACUUGACUUCAUCUCCAUUGACUCCAUAGACAAAUAGACAGUUUGUAUUCAAUACUUCUGUCAAAUACACUUGAAAAUUAUGGCUGGUAAUUACUAUUUUGUUAUUGUUGGUCAUCAUGACAAUCCCUUAUUUGAAAUGGAAUUCAAUCCUGCAAACAAAGAAGCCAAGAAAGAAGAUCACCGACAUCUCAGCCAGUUUAUUGCCCAUGCCGCAUUAGAUUUAGUCGAUGAACAUAUGUGGAAUACCAACGCACUUUAUUUAAAAAUUGUUGACAAAUUCAAUGAAUGGUUUGUUUCAGCAUUUGUUUCUGCUAGCCGAAUAAGAUUUUUAAUGCUUCAUGAUAUCAAGAAUGAAGAUGGAAUCAAAAACUACUUUAUGGAGAUGUAUGAAACUUAUAUAAAGCAUUCAAUGAAUCCAUUUUAUGAAAUCAAUACUCCAAUAAGAUCACCAGCAUUUGAAAAAAAAGCAUUGUUUUAUGGGAGAAAGUUCUUGACUGGUUAAUUAUUUGCUUCUUUAAGUUCUUGUAAAAUGCUAACCAUUUCAGCAGUGAAUCGGUGAAGAGGAAAUCCAACCACAUUAUAAUAAUCUCCAUUGAUUGCCUCAAUCAAACUUCCACCAAGACCUUGUAUUCCAUACGACCCUGCUUUACCCCUAUGUGGAGAUGAAUUAAAUUAAUAUUUUUAUCAACAA